CCAAUGCACGGCCACAGAGGCAAUCCAGCGCGACUAAUUGGUGCAGUUUGGACUUUUCUAAGGAAUCAAUUUCUUAAGUCUGCCAUGGCCACCCCACAAGAAGACUGAUAUGAGAGAGAGAUGGUGAUGUGCCAACCACUCACCACUUAUCCCCGAAGCCCCGAACAGAUACCACAGAUUCCAAGUAUUACGAAUCAUCGCCAUCAUCAUCAUCGUCUUCUUUGAUGGCUGCCAAAUUUUUAAGCUUCCAUUUCCAUCCCAAUCCCCACCACUCUACGAUCUUUCCGAAACCAAAACCAGAACCCAAUUACUAUCUUAACUCUUCUCCCAACCCACCGACCACCAUUUCCACUAAAAUAUAUCUCACCCAACGCCAGAUCCCUCCCUUUUUCCGGAGAAAAUGUCUCUGUUCUCCGCCCAUGGCGUCAAAAUCCAGUGAAUUCGAGCCUGACCCCGCUCUCACCAACGAUGACCUCAAGCCCACGGCGCCGGAGGACCGGACUUUCUCCGGCUGGGAAAUGGCCAGUUUGUGGGUCGGCCUCGUCGUCGGAGUCCCAUCUUAUUACCUCGCCGGCAGCCUCGUCGAUCUCGGCAUGGCCUGGUGGCAAGGAAUCGCCACCGUCGUCGCCGCCAACCUAAUCUUGCUAUUUCCACUCGUCCUAACCGGCCACGCCGGCACCCGCUACGGCAUCCCUUUCCCCGUCCUGGCGAGGUCAUCCUUCGGAAUCCGUGGCGCCCACAUCCCAACACUUCUCCGAGCUCUGGUUGGCUGUGGAUGGUACGGGAUAGAAACCUGGAUAGGCGGCGAGGCAAUCUUCCUUCUACUGCCGAAAUUCAUCAAAGAAUCUUCCUUCUCCCAGGCGCUGCCAUGGCUUGGAACUUCCCCUCUUGAAUUCGCUUGUUUUGCAGCCUUCUGGGUCGCCCAAUUGACAAUAGUGUGGAAGGGAAUGGAAGGCAUUAGGAAGCUGGAAAAAUACUCAGCCCCAAUUCUCAUCUUUCUCACUUGCAGCCUUGUCGUUUGGGCUUACCUCAAAGCCAAUGGCUUCGGCCACAUGCUCUCCCUUUCCUCCAGGCUUUCCUCUUCCGAAUUCUGGUCCAUCUUCUUCCCUUCCCUCACUGCAAACAUAAGCUUCUGGGCGACCGUGGCUCUCAACAUCGCCGAUUUCACCCGCUUCUCCAAGAGCCAGGCCGACCAAAUGGUCGGCCAGGCCGGCCUCCCAAUCUUCAUGGGUUUGUUCACAUUCAUCGGCCUGGCUGUAACCUCAUCAACCCAAGUCAUCUUUGGACAAGUAAUCUCAAACCCAAUUCAACUUCUCGGAAAAGUUGGCGGCUUUUGGACCAUGAUUCUGGCCAUCUUUGGGAUCAGCUUGGCCACAAUCACAACCAACAUUGCCGCCAAUGUGGUGGCCCCGGCCAACGCGCUUGUCAAUCUCAGCCCCUCAAAGUUCACAUUCAGAAGAGGGGCAAUCCUGACGGCUUUGCUCGGGAUCGCUUUCCAGCCGUGGAGGCUACUUCAGUCGACUGAAAGUUUCAUCUACAAGUGGCUUGUGGGCUAUUCCGCGUUGAUGGGCCCAAUUGGAGGCAUAAUCCUUGCGGAUUACUAUCUUGUCAAGGGGACCAAUCUGAGUGUGAAGGAGCUCUACUCGUCCAGCCCGGCCGGGGCGUACUAUUACGCCGGAGGGUACAAUUUGGCGGCGAUGGUGGCUCUGGUAGCCGGCGUUUUGCCGGUGAUGCCGGGGUUUUUGAAAGUGACGGGAGUGGUGAGCUGGGUUCCUGAUUCGUUCAUGGUGAUUUACAACAAUGCGUGGUUUUUCAGCUUCUUUUCUGCCGGGGUUCUUUACUGGAUUCUUUCAUGUUUGAUGGGAAGAGAGAGGAAUUCUCAGCCUCCUCUAGACCCCCUUUUGCCCCUCACGCCAUGAAUCCUUUGUUUUCUUUUGUUUUUUCUUCUGCUUUUCAUGGCAUACAGUUUAUAAAUGGCAACAAACGCUUAGGCUAAA